CACACACUAUACAAGUAUACCAUUUGGUUUGCAACUGAAUAUUAAAUAAUAAAAAAGUUAUAUUCAAUCCGAUUGUGAGAACCGAUUAAACCAUUUAAAGAGGUUGUCCUCGAAAGCAACAGAUAUGAUGGAAAUGGAUGCCAAUAUGGAUGUCAGCGGCGAUGAGCCGUCUUCGUCGUCGUCGUCGAUAACAACAAGUCUGGAGUUGUCUUCGUCGUCGUCGUCCUCGUCGUCUUCCGCUACUAAUAAUAAUAAUAAUAAUAAUAGUAAUUGCAAAAGUGAUAACUUAGAGGAAGAGAUCAGCAGCAGUUCAUCGUCAUCAGCGCCUUCAUCAACAUUAUCCUCGUCGUCGUCGUCAUCCACACCAUCGGCCAACACUACUACUAUCACUACCACUGCUGCCAGUAGUGUCCGCAGAAAGUUUCGGUCGCUGACGUUUGGCCGGAGAAAAAAGUCGUCGUCGUCGUCGUCAUCAUCAUCGUCGGCGGCGUCGACUCUUCAAUGUUUAGCAAACACUAAAUGCAAACAACAAUCACCACAACAACAACAACAAAAAACCACCAAUACUUGUGACAAUUGCGGUCACAAUAAUAAUAAUAAUAAAACAAAUAUCAAUCAUUCGUCGGCAACAGUGGUGACCACUACCGCUACUACUAAUGGACGCAAGAAAAAGAGUCUACCCGGUUGGGUACCGUUUAAAUUGUGCGCCCGAACCGAAUCGUGUGCCGAUGUUAGCCAAUCUGAGGACCAGACAUACAGUAAAAACAAUAACAACAACUCGUGUAUCUGUACCGCCUAUAAGAAGACUACGGGCAGCGACAAUGGAUCAGCUGUUGUAACGCUGUCGUCGUCAUCGGCAGUAGCCGUAACAGACAGUCGCGGCAGCGGCGGCCAACAUCAUCGUGGAAAUCGCAAUAAUUUGGAUCAUCCGAAUGGCCAUCAAUCGACUGGCGGCGGCGGGUUGGCGGUAAUUAAAGACACGAUUGCUGGCGGCAUAUCGACCAGCGAUAGCUAUGUCGAUCAUCUCUUACCAAACAAUCUGGACGCCAACAACGUACAGCCGCUUCAUGUACCGCCAUCGGUAUCGAUGAGCGAAGUUCGUUCGGUUCAGGUUCGGGUAUCGGAACUGGCCCUAGCAUUGCGUAGUCAACUGUCGCUGACUGUUAAUCCGCACCCGUAUCUGGCCCGUUGGGGCGAAAUGUCCGAACUGACACCCGGUUUUUUCAAUCGUUUCUGUGUACGCAGCGAUUCGGCUGCUGUCAACUCGGCGACGGCUGCCCUGACCACCGAUGGCCAACAAAUUCACACACAAAUCGAUUACAUACACUGUCUGGUACCCGACCUGCUAGCCAUUACCAACUGUAGUUUCUAUUGGGGCAAAAUGGACAGAUACGAAGCGGAACGGCUGAUCGACAACAAACCCGAAGGUACGUUCCUGUUGAGGGACAGCGCACAAGAGGAUCACUUGUUUUCGGUAUCAUUCCGCCGGUUUGAUCGGUCAUUACACGCCCGCAUUGAACAGUGGAACCAUAAGUUCAGUUUCGACAGUCACGAUCCGGGAGUCUACUCGUCACCAACGGUUUGCGGCCUAAUUGAACACUACAAAGAUCCGCAGCACUGUAUGUUUUUCGAGCCGAUGCUAACCAUACCAUUGCAUCGAAAUCUAACCUUUUCGUUGCAACACCUGAGCCGUGCGGCCAUUACAUCCCGUAUAUCCUACGACAACAUUAACUCAAUACAACUACCAAAGCGUCUCAAAAAUUAUCUCAAAGAAUAUCAUUAUAAACAACAGGUUCGCGUCCGACGGCUCGAUGGCGACCAUUGAUUGACUGAUUGAUAUUAUAUAUAUAUA